GGAAAGCAGCCUUACUGCAAGCCCAUCUACGACGAAGAGGACUCUCGUGUCUGCGACCUCCGCGGCAUGUGCCUGGUGACCGGCUUCACGGGUCGCGUGCCCAGGUCCAAGAAAUCCGCCACAGAAGGAGACUUGGAGGCGCCACCGGUGCUCUUGCUGGCAGAUUCGGAUGGUUCCAUCACCUUGAAGUUCUGCGACAUGCCAGAGUGGGCAGCACUGCGAGCCCCUGCGAAGCCACCGUCGGCGAGAUCGAAAGGCGGCGCGCCCACAUCCAAAGCGGCAGCUGCGAGUUCUCCCUUCACCGCCAAGGCCGGUGCACCAUCGCCCUUCCAGGCGGCGGGCACCGCAAGUUCUCCCUUUGCAGGCGGAUUGGCAUCCUCAGCUGCAAGCGGUCUCUUCGGCGGUACGCCGGCAGGGCCUUCGCCCAGUGCUUUGUUUGGCGGCUCGUCUGCUGCUUCCCCGUUUCAGGCGGCGACCACUGCGUCUGCGAGCUCCAGCAGCGGAGGUCAGACCUCUACGCCUUUCGGUGCUGGGUCUGCAGCCUCCCCAUUUGCAGCUCUUGGGAGCUCCACGGGAUCCUCUCCAUUCCAGGCCGCAGCCGCAAGCGCACCCGCCGGUGGAAGCACAGGUCAGGCUUCGUCUGGUUCGCUUUUCGGCGGUGCGCCCGCAGCAUCACCCUUUGGAGCUCCGAGCACCGCACCGGGCGCCUCCCCGUUCCAGGCAGCGAGCAGAAGUGCGUCCUCCAGCAGCACAGGUCUCGCUUCUUCUGGGAUGCCUUUCGGCGGUGC